CCGCUACUUGAGAUGCCCAUCUACACACUGUCACCGCUAAAAGUUUCUGGAAAGCCCCCUUUGUUUGCAAGAUGGAAGAUUACUUGUACACGAAUUACAACGCCCACCCAGGCCUACAGCAAGCAGGACCUGAAGAGCAACGGAACUAUUAUGACCACAACCAUCCUCAACAAUCGCUACCACAUAUUUCCGCUCACCGAAGCUUACAGCAAGUACGACCUGAAGAGCAACGGAACUAUUACGACCAUCCUCAACGAUCGCCACCACAUAGUUCCGCUCACCGAAGCUUACAGCAAGUACGACCUGAAGAGCAAGGGGAGUAUGACCAUGGUCAACAGAUAUCAACAUAUGGUCCCCAGACGCAUAAACGAGGACCACUAUUUUCGAAUUCUUCAACGCAAAGAUAUGAGAUCGUCACUGUGGCGAGGGACUCGUUGCCUAAAAAAACAAUCAGGGGAUCAUAUGCUUGCAACGGAUGUCGCGCAUCGAAAGUAUCUUGCAGUCGAGGGACACCUUGCCAAACUUGCCUGAAAAAAGGUGUGAACUGUGUAUACGCCGAACAACGAACAGAUGCUUGGCGGAGUUGUGUACCCGCUUGCAAUCAGUCGAAGAUAAAUUGAACAUCAUUAUAGCUGGACGCUCAUCAUAGUCAUAAAGUCAAUGAAAACGAAGCGUGCCAACAUAACGAGACUACAUUCGAGCUCAUUGAGAUUAUCACGACAGGAUUGGCUGUACGUAUUUGCCCCAUUAUCUUGAUUCG